AUGUCGAAACAAAGACUCCUCACCAUUCCACCAGCGCGAACACGAAGGCCGUGCCCGUCCCAUGCCUCGCCUCUACCCCACCACGCCCAUGCUCCGCCUCCUCUCCUCCGCCGCCGCCGCCUCUCCUCCUCCUCCACCUCGUCGCCUUCACGCCGCUGGGACCCCCGAGCCGCCUUUGCCGCGGCCACGGAGCGCGUCCGCGCCGGGACGCUCAGCCCUGAAGACGCACACCACCUGUUCGACGAAUUGCUACUGCAGGCCAACCCGGUCCCCUACCGCUCCCUCAACGGCUUCCUUGCCGCGCUCGCCCGUGCUCCGUCCUCCGCUGCUCUCAGAGAUGGACCCUCCCUUGCUCUCGCCCUCUUCAACCGCGUCUGCCGAGAAGAAGCAGGACCGCGGGUGGCGCCGCCCACAGUCUGCACCUACAGCAUCCUCAUGGACAGCUGCUGCCGUGCAUGCCGCCCGAACCUAGGCCUUGCUUUCUUCGGCCGCUUCCUCAGGACGGGCCUCAAGGCAGACCAGAUCGUCGCCAGCAACCUCCUCAAGUGCCUCUGCCACGCAAAACGGACGGAUGAGGCUGUCAACAUGCUGCUUCAUAGGAUGUCCGAGUUCGGAUGUGUGCCUAAUGUCAUCUCAUACUCUAUAGUACUUAAGAGCUUAUGUGACGAUAGCAGGAGCCAGCAAGCGCUCGACUUGCUCCAGAUGGUGAGGAAAGAAGGAGGUGCCUGCUCCUUCAAUGUGGUGGCAUAUAGCACGGUCAUCCACGGCUUCUUUAAGGAAGGGGAAGUAAGCAAGGCAUGCGAUCUGUUCCAUGAAAUGAUGCAGCAAGGGAUUGUGCCUAAUGUGGUGACAUAUAGCUCGAUUAUUGAUGCCUUGUGCAAGGUCAGGGCAAUGGACAAGGCAAAGCUGGUCCUUCAGCAGAUGGUUGAUAAUGGUGUUCGACCAAAUAUGUAUACAUGGAACUCAUUCAUGUACUCCCUUUGCAAGAAUGGAAGAAGCAAAGAAGCUGCAGAAUUUUUUGACUCCAUGACCUCCAAGGGCCUCAAACCUAAUAUCAUCGUGUACUCUACUCUUCUUCACGGGUAUGCUACCGAAGGAUGCUUAGCUGAUAUGAUUAAUCUCUUUAAUUCAAUGGAAGGCAAUGGUAUUGUAGCUGACUGCAAUGUUUUCAACAUAUUAAUUGAUGCAUAUGCUAAAUGUGGAAUGAUGCAUGAAGCUAUGCUCAUAUUUACCAAAAUGCGGGAACAAGGAGUGAGUCCGAAUGUAUGCACCUAUGCAACUGUAAUAGCUGCACUUUGCAGAAUGGGUAGGCUGUCUGAUGCAAUGGGCAAAUUAAAUAAGAUGAUUGCUACGGGAUUACAACCGGACGUGGCUAUUUAUACAUCCCUAAUUCAGGGCUUCUGUACACAUGGUGAUUUGGGGAAAGUGAAGGAACUGGUUUCUGAAAUGAUGAACAAAGGUAUGCCUCGUCCAAACAUUGUGUUCUUCAGCUCAGUAAUAAACAGUCUAUGCAAAGAAGGAAGAGUUACAGAUGCACACAGUAUCUUCGACUUGGCUAUAAACAUUGGUGAGAGGCCUGACGUCAUUACAUUUACUUCACUGAUUGACGGAUAUUGUUUAGUUGGCAAGAUGGAUAAAGCAUUCAAAGUACUUGAUGCCAUGGUAUCGGCUGGCAUCGAGCCUGAUGUUUAUACAUAUACUACCCUUCUUGAUGGCUAUUCUAGAAAUGGAAGGAUUGAUGAUGGGUUGACACUAUUCAGCGAAAUGAUGCAUAACAAAAUUAAACCUACAACUGCUACACAUGGCACCUUACUAAAUGGGUUGUUUCGUGCUGGGAGAACUGCUUCUGCGAAGAAAAUGAUCCAUGAGAUGAUUGAAAGUGGAACAACAGUGAGCCUUUCAAUAUACGCUAUAAUUCUUGAAGGACUUUGUAGAAAUAAUUGCGCCGAUGAAGCAAUCACGCUGUUCCAGAAAGUACGUGCAAUGAAUAUAAAAUUGGAUGUUGCAAUACUCAAUACCAUGAUCAAUGCAAUGUUUAAGGUUCAAAGAAGAGAAGAAGCUAAUGAUUUGUUUGCUUCAAUAUCGGCCAGUGGAUUGGUACCUAAUGCUUCUACCUACCGCACAAUGAUAACAAAUCUUCUAAAAGAAGGAUUAGUGGAAGAAGCUGAAAACAUGCUCUCAUCAAUGGAGAAGAGCUGUUGUGCUCCGGACUCUCGUCUUAUUAAUGAUAUCAUCAGAAUAUUAUUGGAACAAGGUGAGGUCGUCAAGGCUGGAAAUUAUAUGUCUAGAGUUGAUGGCAAGAGCAUCUCACUUGAAGCUUCAACUACUUCGCUGCUGAUACGUCUCUUUUCAAGGGAAGGCAAAUAUAGGGAGAAAAUAAAAUUGCUCCCUGUAAAGUAUCCAUUUUUUGGUGGAGCUACAGUUGAGUAGUGCAUUGUGUUUGGGCAUAACUCCUCAGAAGGCACAGUUCAGUUAUUGUGUGCCAUCAGGCCCUCUUGUUGGGUUAAGGAAUUCCGAUUACUUGCUUGUAGAAAAUCGGAUGGGAUUUGCAUCAUUGUUAAUAGCCUGAUGCAUCUGAAAUGAAAUACGGAGUACUAGACAUAUGCCUGCACAAUUCCAUCCAAUGUCUGAAGAUUCCUCCAAGUAAUAUUGUUGUAAUCUCGUACUGCCAUGGAGUAUUUUUAUUUGGGUAACACCAUCACGAAGGGUUAUGAUGUACCAACCUCAAAUAUUAAUUGUAGGUAUCACUUCCAGAAUAGAUGAUGCACCCUGAUAAAAAGUCUUGUGUUCCUAGCUCAUGUAUUUUUGGUCUGUGGUUUUGGAGGAAUGGAGGUUCACAUUGAUGUUGCCUCUAUGCUCUAUGUGCAUGUUCUAUGCCAGGAAAGUGCUAAAGAAGAAUACGCGCACAACAUUGCUAAGCUCUCGUAAACAACUACUAAAGUACAAGUUGGAGAGACCUAAGGAUCAGCAUAACCUGUACUGGGAACAGUAUGCUCACAAUGAUUUGCUGUACAAGGAAAUCGGAGUAUUUCAUACUUCUUUCCUGUUUUUCAGAGAGGAUGAAAACUAACAAAUUUUGAAAAGCUGAAAGGUGAUGUUAAAAUGGUCAUUUCUCUUGUAGUGAAAAUCUCUUGGUAGUAACUACUAGAAAGGCCAUUUCACUUCCCAUGCAGGUUCCAGAUAGCUAGAGCUGCCAAAUGCUAUUGAGUCAAGGAUAACACAUGAGAUGAAACACAUGCUGCUGGCAUCCUAAUAGUGAGGAACAAAUAAAAGAUGCUCUUAAUUGUAUCAUGGAAUGCCGUAAGCUAUUUUUUACAAGACAUUAUGGGAUCUUUUUGGGCAGCGAGUUAAGGAUGUGGUACUGAAUUUUCUGAAAACAGAUACGUUAUCCGUAUGGGGAAGCAAUGGUGAUCCUCACCCCGAUAGUCAAAAAUCCGAUGAGAUUAAAGGAGAGUUCAGCCCAUAAUCUCAUUUAUCGUUCCUUAUAAAAUUAUCUCCAAGGUUUUGGUGAAUCUCCCGGAAUUAGUUUUAUACCUGAACUAAUUCAGAGUGCCUUCUUAUCAGGAAGAUGGGGAAGAUUGAUGACAAACAACAUCCUCCUGUCUUUUGAGUUCACACGGCAUAUUAGGGGUAAGAGGAAGGGAAAAGAAUUGUUGGCUGGGGUCAAGCUUGAUCUGAACAACGCGUAAGACUGGGUAGAGUGGAGCUUCAUCAAAGGUGAAUGCAGCUAGAUCCAUUGAUGGCGUUCACUAGUGUGCUACUGCUCUUGGCAUAAACCAUUUAUAUGAGGAUGAUCCUGUGGUGUUGAUGAACAUUUCAAUUUGAGAAGGCAGGUGUCCUAGGGAGGAUCAUUUCCCUGUAUGAAGAUUGUUCUUUACUUUUUUUGUGGGGGCUGUAUGAGAGAUUGUUCUUUACUUUUUUGUGGGGGCUGUAUGAAGAUUGUUCGGGGCAGAUGGUAAACAAAGAAAAAAAUGUUCAGUCGCAAUAUUCAUGCGUCGAGGGAUUCUAAGCCAA